AGAAUGCAAGAACCCGCCAUCACGAGCUCGCAGGCCAGUAGGGUGACUGCGUCGGGCCCGGGGCUCCACAAGGUCCCUGUCAACCGCAGCACCAGCUUCGUCAUCGACCAGACGCGAGCUGUCGGCGGACAGGUGGACGUCACCAUCACAGGACCAUCUGCAGAGAUCGUUCCGUGCCACUACUCCGGUAACCAACCCCGACUUCUGGUCCAGUAUACGCCCAAGGAAGUGGGUGACUAUGACAUCGAAGUCAAGUUGUCUGGUAUGCAAAUCUUCGGCAGCCCAUUCACCAGCCACGCUUAUGACGUCAGCGGUGUGAAACUGAGCAUCCCAAGAGGAAAACUCGGUCAGCAAGUCGUCGUUCCAAUUGACACCAGUUCUGCCGGUAGCGGUUCUCUCGAGGUGGAGGUCCGAGCGCGGGGAGCCGAGGUGGCCAGCCGGCUGGUGCAGCACGCCGCCGGCAAGCACCAGCUCAUGUUCCGCCCCGGAACCGUGGAUACCCACGACAUCAUGGUCAGAUACAACAACGAGCUCACACCAGGGAGCCCUCACCAGUGUAUAAUAAUGGACGCGGGGCAGGUGCCGUCCCGGACGGGCGGUCUCGGCGCGGUGCCCGUCGGAAUGCCGACGACUUUCUGGGUCGACCCGGGAAAUAUCGGCUCGGCCAAGUGUGACAUCACCGUGACCAGUCCUUCUGGUCUGAACGUCCCUUGUGGUUUCACGGGGUCACGUGACAAGCUCGUCAUACAGUACACUCCCGAGGAAGUUGGGUCCCACAGCAUCGCUAUUAUGGCGGAUGGAGUUUCCCUACCCGGCAGUCCUUUCGCCACGAAUGUCUAUGACCCGACAAGGGUUACAGUGGAUGUUCCAAGUUACGGGAGAGUUGGACAGGAAGUCACCUGUACGGUGAUGACAACAUACGCUGGAGAAGGCGACGUAGAGGCGGAGGUCUCGAGCGGGGACGGCACCACGCCUUGUGACGUGUACAGGCAGGGAGAAGACAAAUUCCUCGUGACCUUCACGCCAAAGUCAAUGUCACCACAUGACGUCGUCGUCAAGUUCAAUGGCUCGCUUGUGCCAGGCAAUCCGUUCCGCUGCGUCGUGACGUUUGUUGACGUCAGCAAGGUGACCGUUUCCGGUGACGGCAUCGAGGACGUCCGUCCGCUUCCGGUGGGAAAACCCACGAGCUUUUUCGUCAACACUGAUGACGCAGGGGUGGCCAUGCUGCAGGUGGACGUCACAGGUCCAGGUUUUGAUGACGUGGAAGCAGCAGUAUCUCCGCAAGACGAUUAUCAUAUCGUAGAAUAUACACCUGUGGAUGUGGGUGAACACCGGAUCAAGAUUACUUACGACGGGAAGGAGAUCGAGGGAAGCCCCUUCAAGACAUGGACGUAUGACGUCAGCAAAAUCAAUGUGCUCUUAGGAGGAGAUAAAAAAGCUAAACUGAACGAGAAGAUGUCAUUUCUGGUUGACACCAGCCAUGCAGGCGGAGGCAAGCUGGAGUGCAUCAUCAGAGACCCGCCCACAGAGACUCAGAUGAUGGACAGGGGCCUGGGACGGUAUCUGGUGUCCUUCUUACCUGUGACGCCUCAGCCACACGGUGUCACCCUCAGCUUCAACAGGGUUGUGGUUCCAGGGAGUCCCUUCAAGAUCCAGGUGGUUGAUGCCCGGAGAGCGACAGCUUCAGGAGACGGACUACAGUUGGCACCCAUCAACAACGAGGCAGUGUUCGUGGUGGACACGGCUCGUGCAGGAGGGGCCAGCGCUAAGGACAUAGAGGCCAGGGUUACCAGUCCGAGCCGAGCUACAGUGCCAUGUAAAGUACGUGACAGCGGUGUGGGGGACUUCACGUGCCAUUUCACGCCCACAGAAAUAGGUCCACACAUCAUCGUCGUCACGGUACUGAGAGAGAGCAUUGACGGCAGCCCCUUCACCUGCCAGACCUUCGACCUCAGCAAGGUCAAGGUGGGGCCCAUCCAGGAUACAACCGCGGGGCAGGAGAUGAGCUUCUGGGUCCAGACGGCCGCUGUGGGUAAGGGCGCCCCCACCGUUGAGAUCACCUGUGCGGGAAGGUCGUUCCCGUGUCACGUGAAGACGCCCCCUGGCGGCACCAAACACACCUGCCACUUCCAGCCCAAAGUCGCGGGGUCGCACGAAGCUGUGGUCAGAUUCAAUGGCUUCGAAGUUGAAGGAAGCCCAUUUGCGUUCGAAGUCAGACCAGGCCAGAGCUACAACACCACCAUAGAAGUCCAGAGUCCGACGAUAUACCCGCAAGACGACGCAGUCAUUCCCAGCAGGCCAAAGUCCCUUCAGAUGAGACCCGAACAUCCUCCUCUGGGCCGAAGACAAUCCGAACCCCUCAGUCCAACACGAUUCGAACCGAACAGUUCGAACCGAUUCGAACCGAACAGUUCGAACCGAUUCGAACCGAACAGCCCGACACGACAGGAGCCGAACAGUCCUCGGAGACCCCAGCCGUUGAGCCCGAGACGGUCCGAACCGAUCGCGGCGCUCUACGCGGCAAGAAACCCUCCUGCCCACACGCCGACAAGCCCGGGCGCGUUUACCAUCCCAGAACCUGACUAUUGGAGAGACCAAGACAUUCAACCCAAAGAGAAGAUCGCCGCCUACGGACAAGGGCUGAAGAGGGCGGUGGAGGGAAAGAUAUCAGAGUUUGUUGUGGACACGACUGGCCAUCCGAGGUCGUCUCUAGAGAUCCAAGUGUUCGGUCCCAGCACGAUGAUCCCGUGCACAGUAGACCGACGCGGCGACAAGCACUACGCCUCCUACACUCCACGGCAGGUCGGAGCCUACAAGAUACACGCCAAGUAUGGCGGGCAGGAAAUAGACGGAAGCCCUUUCCAAGUGACCGUGGUGAACCCUAAGAAAGUGGAGCUUCUAGGUGACUGGCGAGCGCUGAUGGGGAACACCAACCGUCUGUCUCUAACUGUAGACGAGCAGUUCACCUUUCCCUUCAACGUGCAAGACGCCGGUCCUGGUGGUGUUCUAGACGCUGUAGUCCAAGGACCUUCCCGAGAAGUCAGAGCCAAAACGGUUCAGAAAAACAACGGGAGACAAUACGUCACGUUCAUUCCAAAAGAAGAAGGUGAACAUGUUAUACAACUUCGAUGGCUGGACUUCGAGCUCCCCUGCAGUCCAAUCUACGGUGACGCCAGGGGGUACCGAUCCGACCCGAGCAAGGUGGUCGUGAGUGGUUCGGGUAUUCGGGAAGCCUUCGUGAACGAAGUGGCGGAAUUUGUGGUUGAUGGAAGCGACGCUGGAUCAGGUGAACCAAUGUGUGUGUUGAGAGGACGGGAAGAGGAGGUGGAAGUCACCCUCAUGCCCUUCCCUCAGAAAAGGGACAAGUACAGGGCCUUGUACUGUGCUGAAAAACAAGGGUCUUACCGACUCCACGUUACCUGGGACGAAGCUGAGGUCCGCGGUUCUCCCUUCAAGAUCAACGUGAAGAAGACGAUAGACGUGAGCAGAGUCCGGUUCUCAGGCAUCACAGGAGCCGUGCUGGGCAGCACCAUCCGCGCUACCAUAGACCCACGGGACGCUGGGGCAGGGGGUAAGGACAAGAGUUUUUACAGCAAAAACAUACUAUUAGGAUGAAAUGUUGCAUG